AUGGGAGUCGACAUCCGCCACAACGAAGACCGCAAGGUCCGGCGCAAAGAGUCCAAGAGCCAGGACAUCGACCUGAGGCUGUUGGUCAAGCUGUACAGGUUUCCGGCCAGAAGAACAGCUCCACUCUCAACCAAGUGGUGCUCAAGAGGUUGUUCAUGUGUCGCACCAACCGGCCAAGCUGUCGCUUUUCCGGAUGAUCCGCAAGAUGAAGCUUCCUGGCCGGGAGGGCAAGACCGCCGUGGCUGUAGGGACGAUCCCUGA